AGUUGCUUCAAAGCUUUGUCCAAUACUUUGCACUUGCUUUACCUAAUGUCCAUUGAAGUGGCAAUCCCCAGCUCUCUUUAUUCUGAUCAACCUAACCUUCUGCUUAGUAAGUCAAGCUCCUAUAAGACACCAUUUUCCCCCCCUGCAUCCAAAAACAGAACACUCAUAUCUCUCCCUCCUUAAAAAAAAAGGCACCGAAUUUCACCGGAAGAUAAUGAUGCCGCGCUAUAGAGGACUGGGAGGAUGUCUCCUUUCCAUCUCUCUCUUCAUCAUCUUUCUUUCUUUUCCUGUGAACGCGGCGUUGAAGACAUACGACUUCAAUAUACAAGUGAACAAUGUGAGCAGGUUGUGCCAUGCAAAACCCAUAGUCACAGUUAAUGGGAUGUUCCCAGGGCCUACAGUGUAUGCGAGAGAAGGAGAUCAACUCCUUAUAAAUGUCACUAACCAUGCACAAUACAACAUUACUAUCCAUUGGCAUGGUUUGAAACAAUUUCGCAACGGUUGGGCAGAUGGACCGGCAUAUAUAACACAGUGUCCAGUCCAAACUGGCAAGAGCUAUGUUUACAAUAUCACUGUCACGGGUCAACGAGGAACGUUAUGGUGGCAUGCACAUAUCUUGUGGCUAAGAGCAACCGUUUAUGGCGCCCUUGUCAUCAUGCCAGAGAAAGGAACUCCAUUUCCAUUCCCUCAACCUUACCAGGAAACUAACAUAGUUUUAGGCGAAUGGUGGAAUCAAGAUGUUGAAACAAUUGUUAACGAAGGUAAUAAGCUGGGGUUGCCACCACUGCCCUCCGAUGCUCAUACAAUCAAUGGGAAACCAGGGCCACUAUUUCCAUGCUCCGAGAAAUAUACAUUUGCCAUGGAGGUUGAGUACGGAAAAACAUACCUCUUGAGAAUAAUCAAUGCUGCACUUAAUGACGAGCUCUUUUUCGCCAUAGCCGGUCACAGCAUGACAGUUGUGGAGAUAGAUGCAGUUUAUGUCAAGCCCUUUACAACCCAAGCUAUAUUGAUCGCCCCAGGUCAAACCACAAACGUUCUAAUAAAAGCUGACCGACCUCCAAAUCGAUACUUCAUGGCUGCAAGGGCUUUCGAUGAUGCACCAAUCACAGUGGAUAAUAAAACUGCUACUGCUAUUCUACAAUACAGGGGCAUCCCAAACACAGUUCUUCCAACUUUACCCCAAUUACCGGCUCCGAAUGACACCAAGUUUGCGCUGAGCUAUAAUAGCAAACUCAAAAGUCUUAAUACUCCACAGUUCCCCGCAAAUGUCCCUCUUCAGAUUGACCGACAUCUUUUUUACACUAUCGGUUUAGGAAUUAAUAAAUGUCCAACUUGUCAAAAUGGAACUCAAGUUGUGGCUUCAUUAAACAACAUAACGUUUGUGAUGCCGAAGGUGGGGCUUUUACAGGCUCAUUAUUUCAAUACUUCUGGAGUUUUUAGAACUGAUUUCCCAGACAAGCCGCCAACUCCAUUUAAUUACACGGGUGCACCUCUUACUGCUAACCUUGGAACUACCACUGGGACUAGGCUCACUAAGCUGGCUUUCAAUUCUACAGUUGAAGUGGUGUUACAAGACACUAACCUCCUCUUUGUUGAAUCGCACCCAUUUCAUCUUCAUGGAUUCAACUUCUUUGUGGUGGGGACUGGGAUAGGAAACUUCGAUCCCCAAAAAGACCCCGCUAAAUUCAACUUGGUUGAUCCGCCGGAGAGAAAUACGGUUGGUGUUCCUACUGGAGGUUGGAUUGCUUUCAGGUUCAGAGCCGAUAAUCCAGGUGUUUGGUUCAUGCAUUGUCAUUUAGAACUUCAUACGAUGUGGGGGCUAAAGAUGGCUUUUGUGGUUGAGGAUGGAAAGUCAGCUGAAGAAUCUGUUCUACCACCUCCUAAAGACCUUCCACCCUGCUAAAUGUUGCAGCUGAAGAAGCAUUCACAACUUUCUCAAUGAAGCAAAAAGCUUCUCCUUUUCCUUUCUUUCUACAUUUUAAUCCACAUGUGUAAAUGUCAUUAUUUCUUUUCCUGCAAAAUUUGCAGUCGACUGUUUGGGAUGAGAUUUACAUAAUUGUAAUGCAAAGAUAUUGUUUCGUGGUCUGCAUUAUAUGGUUAAUCGGUUAUACCUUCAUUUCUGAAAUAAAACUCCAUGCGUUGUAAUUAUUAAAUUAA